AUGCAAUUGAAAUUGAUCGUCCUCUACCUCAAGAACCUCGGCAUCGACGCCACCGCUGACUCGCCGGAAUCCCUCCACUGGACCCUAACCAUCGUCGACUUCCUAAAAUCCAAGGGCUUCGAUGAUCGUCACUUCCCCCGGCUCGCCUCCGUUUGCCCUCGCAUCUUCUCCUCCUCCUCCGACGUCGACCGCAUUCUCGCUCCCGCUCUCUCCUUCUUCUCCUCCGACCUCUCAGCCUCCCCCGACCAAGCCCGCGACUUCAUCAUCCUUUGCCCGGACCUCCUCAUCUCCAGCGUCGACUACGGCCUUCGCCCGACCCUCGAUUUCCUUCAAGGAUUAGGCAUCAAGAACCUCGGCAUUCCAUCCAAUCUCAACGCGCAUUUGCUCAACACUCCCAUCGAGAAGCUGAUGGCAAAGAUCAGAUUUUUCGAGGGAUUGGGGCUAUCUUAUGAGGAAUCGGCGGGGAUGUGCGCGCGCUGCCCUGCGAUUUUUGGGUAUGGCGUGGAGAGCAACCUGAGGCCAAAGGUCGAAUACCUUGUGUACAUGAUGAGGAGGCCAUUGGAGGAGGUGAAGGAGUUUCCACAGUACUUUGCGUUUAGCUUGAAGAAGAGGAUUGCGCCGAGGCAUUUGCAUUUGAAGGAGAGGGGAAUUCGGAUUCCUUUGAGGAAGAUGUUGUUUUACAGUGAUGAGAAGUUCUAUGCCAAGUGGAAGUGA